CACACAUUCAUUUGCACAUGCAAAAUUAUAUUGAACUUUGCACGCGAACUUGCGUGUGUUCGAACGUCGUGAAAUUCUGCCAGGGAUAUUGUAUCUGUUUUAUCGUUUUCUGUGGAGUACGUGGAUCUCUUUUUUGGCUAGGAAGAUGCUUUGCUGCAUGAAAAACUGUUGAAAUCACUCGCGAGCAUGAAAACUCGUGCAAAAACUUAUCAAGUUGAGGACAAUGGUCAAGAUAAUAUUAGCUCUGUGAGCUCAACAACACUACUUAAUGACGUCACUACACCAACAAAUUACACCAAUCUGUUCGAUAAAGAUUUUCUAAAGUUGUUUGAUGAUUCAGAUUUAGCAUUGGACACAUUCCCAGAUUUCACGAGUCCAAAUCUUUUGACUGCGUGGAACCCAGGGGAUUGGAAUCCAUUGGAGGACUCUUUUGAUAUCAACGUGUCACUACUCUCGCCCCCAACCACCCCUGAAGAGAGCAAAGAAUCAUUGGAUGUAAAGCCUUCCGAGUCAUUAUUUACUGAGACUCUUUCUACUAUUUCAUCCAGUUCCCUUGAGAACACAGAGUCAUUCGACGAAGUAGUUUCGCGGAAACGUCCUAAACGAGAACAGACUCGUAAAUGCCGUAAGGUUUAUGGUAUUAAUAACAAGAAAUUAUGGUGCACACAGUGUCGAUGGAAAAAAGCAUGCAGUAGGUUUAAUACUUAAAACACUUUAUAAUCUUGUUUGCAAUAAAGUUAUCGCGCACGAAUUUUUAACGUCAUUGCUGUGUGUGUAAAUAAUUGCAUUAAGUUGCGUGUGAACGUUCACUGUAUACUCUCUGUUUCUUCCUCCAUGAAAAUGGCAAUCGUGAAAAAACACGUGUAGUCGUGUAAAAACACGUGUGAUCGUGUGUCGCGCGUGACGUGCACGAUUACUUUGCUGUUAAAGAUUGAGUUUUCAGCAAAGUAAUGCUUUGCGUUGCUUCGAGUGAAGAUAUUUGUAUAAAUCAAAAAAUGGGAACGUUUGUGUAUUAAGUUCUAAUAAAAACUAAAUUUCUUGUGAGCACAGAAAA